AUGGGGGGCGGGCGGCCGGGCCUGCGGCUGGCGUCGCUGCUGGUGGUGCUGGAGGCCUCCGUCCUCGGCCUCUUCGGACUCCUCGUCCGCUCCGGGCCGGACCGGGCCGCCGCCAGCAACGGGACCUCCGCCGACGGCCACGCCCAGAACGACGACUUCUACCGGCGCUACCCCAGUUUCCAGGACGCUCACGUGAUGAUCUUCGUGGGCUUCGGGUUCUUGAUGAGUUUCCUGCAGCGCUACGGCUACAGCGCGGUGGGUUUCAACCUGCUGCUGGCAGCGUGUUCCCUCCAGUGGGCCACGCUGGUGCAGGGCCUGGUCGAAGCGCUCCGCCACCGCCCGCUCCGAGUCCUCGUCAGCGUCCAGAGCAUGAUCAAUGCGGACUUCGCCGCCGGGGCGGUGCUGAUAUCCUGGGGCGCGGUUCUGGGCAAGGUCAGUCCAGUCCAGCUGCUGCUGAUGGCCAUAGCCGAGGUCACCAUCUUCGCCGCCAACGAGUUUGUCGUUCUCCACCUCCUGGGGGCGCGGGACGGGGGCGGCUCGAUGACCAUCCACGCUUUCGGCGCCUACUUCGGGCUGAUCGUAUCCCGAUUCCUGUACCGACCGCAAUUAGCCAAGAGCCGCCAUCGGGCCCGGUCGGUCUACCACUCGGACCUCUUCGCCAUGAUCGGUUCUCUGUUCCUCUGGAUAUUCUGGCCCAGCUUCAACUCAGCCACUGCCCAGGCGGGCGCGGCCCAGCACCGCUCGGCCCUCAACACCUACUACGCCCUAACGGCCAGCACGGUGACCACCUUUGCCACAUCCGUGACGGUCAGCCGGGAAGGCCGGCUGGACAUGGUCCACGUGCAGAACGCGGCCCUGGCCGGGGGCGUGGCGGUGGGGACGGCGGCCGAGAUGAUGGUCACUCCCUUCGGGGCCCUGGCCGUGGGAGCCGCGGCCGGAGCCGUGGCCACGCUGGGCUACCGCUUUCUGACGCCGCUGCUGGAGUCCGGGCUGCGGGUCCAGGACACCUGCGGAGUCCACAACCUGCACGGGCUGCCGGGCCUGCUCGGGGCCCUGCUGGGGGCGGGGGUGGCCACCCGGGCGGGGCCCGACACCUACGGCGACAGGCUGGACGACGUGUUCCCGCUGGUGGCCGGGGGACACCGUUCGGCCUGGCUCCAGGGCGGCUACCAGCUCUGCGGUCUCCUGGUCACGCUGGCUACGGCGGUGGUCGGCGGUAGCCUGGUGGGCCUCCUGCUGAGACUGCCAUGUCUAGUCCCCCCUCCGGACGCGCUCUGCUUCGAGGACCAGAUCUACUGGGAGCUUCCUGCCGAGUCCGAAGAGGACGCAGGACCAAGAUGCCUGGAGCCCGUUCUCACCGAGGACCCGGGGCUCCGCGCCUGAUCACCUCCCACCUCACCUCCCAGCCUCCUCCCUUGUUCACACCGAGACCCGACGGCUCAGAGAGGGCGUCGGGCUCCACCGGUGUCACACAGCACUGCAGGAGGCCACAGGGAGGGAAUAAAUCAAUCCCUAAUAAUAAUAA